UUUAAUAUAUAUAUAACCACCUAUGCAUUGCUUUUCAGUCAAUAUCUACAGCACUUUCUUAUAACAAAAGCAAGAGAUUACAAACAAUAACAUACAACAACAAAAAUAUGAAGAGCUUUUUGGUAGCGUUUCUUCUCGUGCUCGUCAUCUUCUCUGCUGAGAUGGAAGUAGGAAACGCAGGGAUGAUUCCCAUGCCGCCUUUUCCCUCAGGAAAAUGGUGUGGAUAUUCAAUACCAAUGAAACCAUGCGACAACGAUGUUUGUGAUAAAACUUGUAUUAAACAAAACACACAUGGUUGGCGUGAUACUCAUGGCAUGUGCACUGAUAUUCCAAGCCUUAAAGAUUGUUAUUGUUCCCAUAGCUGUUAAAUUCUUCCACAUAAUCGACCAUUUUUGUUGUUUUGAUCGUUACAAUAUAAUAAACACUUCAAAGAUCGUUGCCACACA